CGACUAUAUGAUCCAACGGCAGCCAUCUUGAGUUUACUUCGAUAUUCCGUGAAACCAACAUUUAUGAGAAUGUGGAAUGUGUUGAUAUUUGGAAUAUGUUUUCUUUCGAUGAGUGGAAUUGAAGCAAAUGUUUCUGAACGAAUUUCAAAGUUAGAAAGACAGAACAUUAGACUUCGGGAGAAACUACAAGGCCAUAUCAGCACGUACAAUAGCUUUCUACAGCUGUAUGUAGACCAGACUACCAAUGUCAAACACGUAGACCCAGACACACGUCAACGUAGAGAAUGUCACACCAAGCCCUCGCCAGUAGCGUUUCACGCUCUUAUGACGGACUCCAUAUUCCCUGUUGGUGCCAAACAAAUCAUACAAUAUGAUGACGUCAUCACAAAUGUAGGGAAUGCAUACGACAAAUACACAGGAAUAUUCCAGGCUCCUAUAGGCGGCGCCUACGAGUUCAUAGCAACGAUGUGGUCACGUGAAGGCUACCAUAUGGAUUACGAGAUGCUUCACAACGGAAAUGACGUAUGUUAUGGAAACGCUGGACCUACAAACCAGACAAUGGGGGUCUGUGUCAGUGUUCUUGAAUUACUAUCUGGGGAUCGCGUUUGGAUACGAAACCGUGGCACAGGAUCUGUGUACGUAAACGGACAGGGUUACCCAGCAUUCUCUGGUCAUUUGAUCAUUUAAGUAUAUACUUAUAUAUGAAAAGUUGACAAGUUACUCAUUUAUCAUCAGAUAUUAGUUUAUGAAACUUGUCACUAAUUCAGAAGAAAUCUGCUUUACUGAAAGCCCGUUAUUGAUACGAAAUAAAACAAUGACGUCAUCAAAAAA